AUGUAUGCUUCUGAGGAUCUUUCCGGCUGUGCCGAAUAUGCACGUCUGCUCCAGCAUCGUGGUGAUUGGCCAGCCGGAAGCGCUGACGAUAAAAUGGAGGCGGCCCUGAAGCGCGACCGCGACUACUAUUGGUCCGAGGCGGCACCUGUAGACACAUCCUUUGCCGCCCUGGGUUGCACCGAUGUCACCUCCUGUGGCCCAAUCCCGUUCCUAUUUUCGGGCUUGCAGGUGUCCACCCCUUCGCAUCUACAAGCGCCCGGCAAGGGUUUCUGGUCUACUGCCGCCCCGUCAGAUGCAGGCCGAGGGGCCAGCAAGAUUGCCGGCUGGUGGGAAUCUGACAUGCACAACGACAUAUGUGAGAUGGAUGAACCAUUUUAA